AUGUUACUGCAACCUAACCCCGAAAAGACUGCAGACGGCGAAUGGAACGCCUCUACAGAUAGAUGGACAGGCAAGAUUAUCGGUUUUUUGCUAUAUUUUUCUCUCUUUUUAUUACCUGCCUUUCCCCAUUCUCUCUCUCUCUCUCUCUCUCUCUCUCUCUCUCUCUCUCUCUCCACACACACACUCGCUCUCUCUCAGUCGCUCUCUAUCUAUCUAUCUCUCUCUCUCUCACUCGCUCUCAAUGUCUCUCUCAUAAACUCGUUCUCUCUCACUUACUCUCUCUUUCUUUCAUGUUAUCUAUUUCAAUCUUUUAACAUCGAUCUCUCUCGUUGUCGCUUGAGCACUUUCUUUUAUAAUUUUAUCUCACUCUUAGACGCCACGUCAUUAUUUAUUACACGUAUCAUUCCUUUUUAUUCAUAUCUUUAUUUUAUUUGUCUUUAUUUUUCUCCACUAUCGCUCUCUCUCUCUCUCUCUCUCUCUCUCUCUCUCUCUCUCUCUCUCUUUAUCUAUCUAUCUAUCUAUCUAUCUAUGUUUUCCUUCCUGUCUAUUACACUGGGUUUUGACGCCCAUUUCACGUUGAACAUCGUCUUCUAUUUUUGUCUACAUUUCUCUCCUUGCAUUACUCUCAUUCUCUUCCUCUUCCUUCUUCACUGUUUUUCUUUCUCCACCUUCUCUCUUUCUCUCUCUUUUUCUCUACCUUCUGCUCCCUUAAUUCUCUUUUAUUUGAUAAUUGUUAGUGAUAUUUUCUAG